CACGUCUCAACUUAGUUAUUGUCGCGGCGGAAAGCGGUUCUUAGUUGAUUCCGGGUUGCGUGCGAAGCGGAUACAUGUACGUGGAAAGCAAAGUUGAUAAUACUUUUCGUUUUCAAGUUCAUUGCUAUUGUGUCAAUUUUCAGAAUAACCAUAAUUCUGGCCAUCACGUUCAGAUUUCCUGUUUAAUUUGACCCGGUUCGUGGAAACGCAGUACAUUGUACUGUAACGAUUUGGACCUCCAAAAGACUACGAGAGAAGAAAAUGGACCCUACAAUCCCAUCUGUAUCCAGCCCUGACCCCAAGAGUCAGAAUGAUGACACGUCAAGCUUUGGUUUGGGAAGUUCAUCUUUGCCUCCAUCUGCGAUGACCUAUGAUGAUAUUUUCCCUGGUUUACCUGAAACUGCUAUUGGUACCCGUACUGAUUGCACCAUAGGAAAGUGGAACAACAAGUUGCGUGUGGGAUCACGCAAUGUAACCCAAGUGUUCCAUAUUCCACCAGAAGAACGUCGUGUUGAUGCUUCAAAUAAAUUUGGUGAAGGAGAUUUGCUGAAAACAUGUGCUGACAUCAUGCAAUCCACUGGGGCAACAAUUGAAACAUCAUAUGCUAAGGAUCAGUCAUUGACAUUUGUUGUUAUUGGUAAGCAAGAUUCGGUAUUGGAAGCCAAACGAGAAAUCUUGAAACGGUUCCAGACUCAGUCUUCAUCCGCUGUUGAAAUCCCCAAGGAAUACCAUGGUUUUAUUCUUGGUAAAGGUGGUGUGAAGCUUAAAGAACUUGAAAAACAAACUGCCACCAAAAUUACCAUUCCGAAAGAAACUGAAUCCUCUGGAAGAAUUGUUGUUUCCGGACCCAAAGAAGGUAUUGAAAAGGCUCUCCAUGAAAUUCAGAUGAUAUCCGAUGAGCGCUCGAAACAGGCUUAUGAAAGGCUAGAGAUACCAAAAGUUUUUCAUCCCUUCAUUACUGGAGCGCACAACGAGAAAAUUAAAGCAUUUACCGAGGGAUCUGGAGUUAAAGUUAACAUUCCUCCUUUAAGUGUCCAAAAAGACGAAAUAUCAAUUGCUGGAGAGAGAGAUGGUGUACUUAAAGUGAAACUUGCAAUCAUUCAGAUUUAUGAGGAAAUGAAACGAAAAUGUGCCACAGUCAGCGUUGAAGUGCGUAAAUCUCAGCACAAAUACGUAAUUGGUCCUAAGGGUGCUGGCAUAGCUGAAAUUUUGCAAGAAAGUGGUGUCAGUGUUGAAAUGCCUCCAACGGAUUCGGAUAAAGAAACAAUCACUCUCAGGGGUCCCCAAGAGAAGCUUGGUAUUGCUUUGACUAAAGUUUAUGAAAAGGCUAACUCGGUUUGCACAGCUGAAAUUUUGGCCCCUUCUUGGAUUCAUCGACAUAUUAUUGGCAAAAAGGGAGCCGGUAUUCGAGCAAUUACUCAAGACUACCCCAAGGUCCAUGUUGAGAUGGAAGAUAAGGCGGAUAAAAUUAUUGUAGAAGGACCUGUUGAAGAAGUGGAAAGGGUCCGUGUUGCAUUACUCGCUAACGUUGAAGAUUUGCUCAGCAAGCUUACUUUCGCCGAUAUUGUUAUCGAUCCUAAGUACCACAAACAUAUCAUUGGAAAGGGAGGAUCGAACGUAAAUCGUUUAAAAGAUGAAACAGGCGUGACAAUUAAUAUCCCAGAUGAGCGAUCAUCUACUAUUCGCAUCGAGGGUACUCCGUUUGGUGUUGAACAAGCCAAAACAGAACUUUUGGAGUUGGUCACCAAAAUGGAAAAUGAACGAGAAAAGGAUAUUUUGAUUGAACAUCGGUUUCAUAAGAAUAUCAUUGGCGCAAAAGGCGAGAAAAUUCGCGAAAUUCGCGAUAUGUUUCAUCAGGUGCAAGUCACAUUUCCUGAUUCUUCUGAAAAGAGCGACGUGGUGAAAAUUCGUGGACCUAAACAAGAUGUUGAUGCUACUUAUAAAUAUUUGCAGAAAUUAUAUAAAGAAUUACUAGAGUCUUCCUAUUCAGUAAAGGUACCUAUCUAUAAGGAGUUCCACAAGAAUGUUAUUGGCAAAGGAGGUGCAAAUAUUCGCAAAAUUCGCGAAGAAACAAGUACUCGGAUUGAUUUACCUCCUGAGGGUUCAGAGUCCGACAUGAUUGUGAUUACCGGACGUAGUGAGGAUGUUGAGAAAGCCCGAGAUCGAAUUCUGAAAAUUCAGAGCGAAUUGGUGAGUAUAAUCUCCGAAGACGUUGAAAUUCCUGCUAAAUACCACCAGUCUUUCAUUGGUGCUGGUGGGAAAUUAAUACAGUCCAUCAUGGAAGACUGUGGAGGUGUUCAAAUCAAGUUUCCACCCUCCGAAAGCGGUUCGAAUAAAGUUUUAAUUCGUGGUCCUAAAGAAGAAGUGGAAAAGGCGAAAAAAACUUUAAUAGAAAUGAGCAAUGAGAAAAAUUUGACUGGCUACACAGAAACGAUUCGCUCUAAAGCUGAACAUCACAGAUUUUUGAUCGGGAGAAAUGGUUCUAAUAUCCGGAAAAUUCGCGAGUUGACUGGGGCUCGUAUUGUUUUCCCUUCAGAUUCGGAAGCUAACAAUACGAAAGAGCGUGAUAUCAUUACAAUCGUUGGUCGGGAAGAUGCCGUGAAAAAGGCCCGCGAAGAAUUAGAAAAUCGAAUCAAGGAACUUGAUAGCGUAGUAGAAUUGGAUAUGCAUGUUGAUCCCAAGUAUCACCGGCACUUCGUCGCCCGGCGUGGUGAACUGCUGCAUGAGAUUUCUGAUCAAUACGGUGGGGUAACUGUUUCAUUUCCUCGGUCUGGUGUUGAUUCAGAUCGUGUUGUUCUUAAAGGUGCCAAAGAAUGUGUUGAAGCUGCCAAACAGCGCAUUGAAGAGAUUGUUAACGAUCUUGAACAGCAAGUCACAAUCGAUUGUACGAUUCCUCAGAAAUUCCAUCGCACAAUAAUGGGUUCUAAAGGAAUGCGUGUUCAACAAAUAACAACAGAAUUUGAUGUCAAGAUCAAGUUUCCAGAGAAAAGCAUCGUUGAUCCAGAAGUUGAUCAUGUCAAUGGGCAACAAGUGGACGGGGAAGCAGUAAUUGAUGACAGUCCUAAGCCGUGCGAUAUCAUUCGCAUAACAGGUCGUCAGGAUAGGUGUCAAGCAGCGAAAGACGCUUUGAUUGCUUUGGUACCAGUCACGGCUGAAGUUGCCGUUCCUUACGAUUUGCAUCGCUAUAUCAUCGGUCAAAAAGGAAAAGACGUCCGUGAGAUGAUGACCACUUUUGACGUCAAUAUCAAGAUUCCUUCGGCUGAACAACAAAGUGAAAUCAUUCAAAUCUCUGGCCCUGUUGCCAAAGUAGAAGCUGCUCGUCAGGCUCUUUUGAAUCGUGUGGUUGAACUGGAAAAAGAACGAGAAGAUCGAGUUUUGAGGAAUUUUGCUGUCCACGUUGAAGUACCUCCCGAGUAUCACUCGAAAAUCAUCGGGAAAAAGGGAGCAGUCAUUUCCAAAUUAAGAGAUGAUUUCCAGGUCAAUAUCACAAUGCCUAAACCUGAAGAUUCCAACCCACAGCUAAUAACUAUUAAAGGCUAUGAAGAUAACGCGAAUCUUGCCAAAGAAGCUAUUCUUAAAAUGGUUCAAGACCUAGACGAUCUUAUUAAACAAGAUCUACCAAUUGAUCAGCGCGUACACUCACGUUUAAUUGGUCGUCGUGGCCGUAACAUCCGUCAGGUUAUGGAUCAAUACAAGGUCGAGAUUCGCUUCCCAAUUGAAGGAGGUAAUCCUGAUGUUGUCACUAUUAUCGGUCCCGAAGCAAAAGUUCAAGAGUGUGCAGAUUACCUGUUGAACCUUGUCGAGGAAUACAUGCAAGAUAUCGAUGACAACGAUUCAUCACAGCAGUAUCUGAGGUCUUCUAAACCAGAAGGACAUUUCAAUCAGCGCAAUCCGGGGCAGACUGGUUUCAUUGUAGCUGGUGCUCCUUGGGAGCAGCAGCCACAAGGGCAACAGUAUCAAGGGCAACAGCGAACGGCAGUUAUAGCUCCUAACACAGCUAGUAAUGAAGAGUUUCCAUCAUUUGGGGAAUCUGGAACUAACGCUUCAUCUGGUGGUGCACCACUCUGGGGACCGAGGCGUUAAACCUUUUUUCGCUUCAAUCUUGACGAGUUAGGGUUCGCGAAGAAUCCUGAAAGUGGGCCUUUUUCAACCCUGUCCAAAAUCGUAUCCCUCAUUCAUGUCCAUUACUUUGAUAAAUGCUAGAUGUAUGUAGUAUUGCUUCGGUAGAUGGGGUCUUCACCGUUCCACACGAAUGACCUGCAGCCUUUUCUCUGACCCGUCACUAUAAAAGUUAUAUUCUCAAGCUGAUGGAAGUCGUUAUCAUAAUCUAACCUUUUCCUGGGUACCGUGGAAGCAGAUAUUUUUUUGUUUCAUGUUAAUUUGCCUGUGGGUUAGCAGAGAUGCUGCUUUGCUCGUAAAAUUAUAUAAUAGUUCUCUUUAUUGAAAUAUGAAGAGUACUUUUCAGGAGAAGUAGGAUUUUUCUGCGUGGACCACGUUGCCUUAAAUUGCGUCUUAUUGGUUGGCUUGAAUUUGAGGGACUUGCAUCGUUCAAUGUAAGACGGCGUUUUCGGAAGUGAAUGCGGCGUUUUCAUAUGUCUGUUACGGGAUUGGGAUUGGGAUAUAUUCAGACUGCUGGUUGAACAGUUGGUUUGAACCAGAAUAUCAGCUAGCUAAUCAUCGUUCUCCUUAGCCUCCUCCCCUCCCUCCCCCCAAAUCAUCUAUAGUCCAACGUUUAUUGGAUUUCACUUGUUUAGUUUGACACCUAUUGUAAUAGUGAGCAGUUGAUGAAUAUUCCUUUAGACUUAAGGCAUGUUCUGAAACAGUGGCUAUACUGCAAAGAUUGUUACGGACUUAUUACUAUACGGUGACAGUUCUAUACGCUGAAGUUGAAUACACUUUCAAAAAAGGGA